AUGAAGGCUCCUUUGUCUGCAGGCCAACUGGCCGUGGCGCUCCUGUCCUUGACUCCCGCCGUAUCUGCGUUGGCGUGGCCGAGGUGGCUCCCAGAACUCGACUCGCUCGUUGUCCGCCAGGAUGAUGGAUCCUCGACCGAUACGCCCUCUGCUACACCAACGCCAUCACCCAACCCAUCGGACAACACUAACACGGGUAACAAUAAGGGCGACAGCACCGAUGAGCAGCAAACCACCACAACCGGCAAGAACAAUGAGCCGCAACAGACCAAUUUGAACACGGGCGGUAUCAAACAGACGGGCUCUCACACUGCGACUAUGACGGGCAACCGAACCACCACCCACCGAUCCAAGCACACCAUGUUUGAUCCCCAAGCUCCGCCCGGUGGCGUCGUAAUGGUCACGCCCGCCGUUACAGAUGGCCUUGCCUUGUACAAGAUUGGCUCCAAGGUGACCUGGGGGUGGAACUACACCAACGUGCAGGGCACGCCGACGGGUAUUGACAUCUACGUCAAAUGCUCCAAGGUACCACAGCCAUGGACGGUUACGCAGAACAUGACAUACACCAAGACCGGCAACUACACCUGGGACACGAAACAGUUCCAGACCGACAACGUCGCUAACCCGCUGCUGACCGAAAUGUACACCCUCGUCAUCGCCGACGCCGACACCGGUAUCAGUGCGACUCCGGAACCCGGUUAUCUUGCCCCGUACUCUGGCUUCAGCUUUGGUUUGUACGAGCCACAGGAGUACCACGACAACGGCGAUGGAUACCAAUGUGCUUCUUGCAGUGGAGCCAUGUCUAGUCUUGACCCGCGCGCCGUGAGCGUCGCUGUGAUGAUGAGUACCGUGACGGUUCUCAGCUUCACUUGGUUUGUUGCUGGCUUUGGAGCGUUCUGA